AUGGAUUCCCAAAACCUUUUCGAUGUGAAGGGCAAAGUGGUGCUGGUCACCGGUGGAGCCAAGGGAAUUGGUCGCAUGAUCUCAGAAGGAUACGUAGCCAACGGGGCCACCGUUUACAUCUCGUCUCGUGAUGCCAAGGCCUGUGACAAAGCCGUAAACGAGCUCAAUGCGCUCGGCAAAGGAAAGGCACACGCCAUCCCCGCCGAUUUUUACAAAGAAGAGGAUGUUAAGAAAUUGGCUGAAGAGCUUGGAAAGCGCGAGAGCAAGCUGCAUGUUCUUGUGAACAACUCGGGAUCAAACUGGGGUGCUCCUUACGAUGAAUAUCCUUCCUCUGCUUGGACUAGAGUUCUCACUCUGAACCUCCACCGAGUCUUCGAUCUGACGAGGCUCGUUACCCCCCUGCUGGAGAAGGCAGCCACUUCGGGCGACCCAGCCCGCAUCAUCAAUAUCGGUAGCAUCGAUGGUCUUCGGGUCCCAGCACUUGAGACCUUUGCUUAUAGUGCCAGUAAGGCCGGUUUGCAUCAUCUGAGCCGAGUCCUUGCAAACCACCUUGGUAGAAGAAACAUAACAUCAAACUCGCUGGCUUGCGGCCCCUUUCAGAGUAAGAUGAUGGCUGCCACCCUUGAAACAUAUCGGGAGCAGAUCGAGGGCAAUAUUCCACUGGGCCGUAUUGGUACCCCCGAAGACGUGGCCGGUGCUUGCUUAUUCCUGAGCAGCCGUGCUGGUUCGUAUGUGAAUGGAGCCACUAUCACCCUGGACGGUGGUAGCGCUAUUGCUGCCAAGCUGUAAGAUCUAGGCUAGCUGUAGUACAUAUCAAGAAAUAUUGACGCCACAAUCCUGUGAUGAACAAGAUAGCGUCCUGUUACAGAAGGUUUAACCUAAAAUUCCAUUUGCAUAUCGAUGAACCAU